UAUCUUGACUGUAGUGGUGGAUACACAAAGCUGUAUGGGCAAUAAAAUUUUAUAGAACAAAUACACAAAGAAGUACAAAUAAAAAUGAUAAAAUUUGAAUAUUAUUUGUGGAUUGUUUUGUUGUCAGUAUCCUAUUUGCACUAUUAUAAUAUAGUUUUGCAAAAUAUUACCAUUCAGGGAAACGGGGUGAAGUGUAAGGAAGGAAUCUCUGUUAUUUCUUAUAACUAACUGCAUGCGAAUCCACAAUUAUCUCAAUAAAAAUUACGGUUGAAGAUAAGCAAAGUACUUUCUCUGAUCAUUAACUUUUUAAAGCAACUGAUUGGAAACCUACCUUGAAAUUGCAACAUAAUUGGAUUCUAUUUAAACUCAUGGUGCCCAAGAGGACUUCGUGCAAUGAUGUAUCUGCAAUAUCCUGUAUCUGCACUGUCCAAUACCGUGACCACUAACACAUGUGAACAGUGAGCACCUGAAAGAUGCCUGGUGGAACUAAAGAACUGAAACUUUAAAUGCAUUAAUUUUGAUUGAUUUAAAUUUGCAUUUAAAUGGCCACUGUGGCUACUGGACACCUAGAGACAACUCAGAAAUGAAACUUGACCUUAUAGUCCUUUCCUCUCUUGUUCUAAAUAGUAAGGAAGAAAACUCAUUUCCCAUCACUGAACUAAUUUAAAAAUUUCUGAGGCUGGAUCCAUUUCUUCAUUGUCAAAUGGGGAUAGAGGAUACAUCCUCAUGUGUAAUUUUGAAUGUAAAAUAGGUCGGGGAAGCCCUCUGUCACCUGUACACGGUAGGACCCAGAUACAGAUAAGACGAUGGCCCCACAAGUGUCCAGAGAGGUAACCCUGUGAUGAGUUAAUGAAUGUUUCCCACGUUUUUGGAAAACCUGGCCAAGGACUAGCUGGCAGCUUUGCUUUCAUGUACUAAGGGGAGAAAUCAGCCUGUCAUUUCCUUCCUUAUUGUUCCACAACUCUAGUUCCAAAGACUUCAGUUCCAGCCAUAUUUUUUUAGCACACCAGAAACAAACAAAAGUCCAUACAAAUGCCACAUUUCUUCAAGCACAACUAUGCAUGGUUGAAUAGUUGCAGGAACACAAAGAAAAACCCUUAGAAACCAGGGAACCAGGGAUUAGGGGUGAGUUCAGAUAUAGGCACGUGGGCAACAGAAAUGCUUUAUCACUGUCAGGCAGCCAGCCAGGGGCACUGAUUAGCUAUGGUCUUCUGCCUUUGGUUUUGCAAAGCCCUGACACAGGGCUCUGUUGGGCAUCCUCUGAUCCAGGGAGGUUCAGGGAGGUCCCACAAGCCCCGCCCUAACGGGGCGUGUCCUGCACCUGUGCGCCAGCCCAGGGUUCCUGGUGCUUUUCCUACUUAAGCGCACCUGGCACCCUCCACGCUCGCACACACUCUCCUACGCGCCGGGCUGCUCCAGCACCUCGGCUUGAUCCCUUCUCCACGCAAGUGCCCCGCGCGCCCCACUCAGCCAUGUCGUCUUGCAGCCGCGUGGCGCUGGUGACCGGCGCCAACAAGGGUAUUGGCUUCGCCAUCGCGCGGGACCUGUGCCGUCAGUUCUCCGGGGACGUGGUGCUCACGGCGCGGGACGCGGUGCGGGGCCAGGCGGCUGUGCAGCAGCUGCAGGCCGAGGGCCUGAGCCCGCGCUUCCACCAGCUGGACAUCGACGACCUGCAGAGCAUCCGCGCCCUGCGUGACUUCCUGCGCAAGGAGUACGGGGGCCUGGAUGUGCUGGUGAACAACGCGGGCAUCGCCUUCAAAAAUGCUGAUACCACACCCUUCCAUAUUCAAGCAGAAGUGACCAUGAAAACAAACUUUUUUGCUACCAGAGAUGUCUGCACAGAGUUACUCCCUCUGAUAAAACCCCAAGGUGAGUGUGGUGGGAACAGCUCACCCUGUCUGUGCCCCGGACCCGGCCCUGCUGACUCCCCGUGCUGCGGGUGCACCUGCCUCCUUGUUUUGUACUGA